AGGACAAACGUCACUGCUCCUCCAGCUAUCCUCCCUUCUCUCUAACCACCACCACCAACUCCCUCCCCAGUUCUUCUUGUAAAGAUGUCUGCCGCCCAAAACUUCCAGCAGCACCCCAUGUACAUCCAAGCCCAAGGAAAGGCGCACUACUACCACAGCCAGCUCGAUAAAGAGCUCUCCAAGUACCCUGUGCUCAACUCGCUCGAGCAGCGCACGCAGAUCCCGAAGACCUACACUGCUAUCGGUGCUGCUGCCCUCCUCGUUGUACUCCACCUGGUCAAUCCCCUCGCCGCCUUUAUCUCCAACCUCAUUGGCUGGGCCCUCCCCGCGUACAUGUCAUUCAAGGCUCUGGAAACCCCCGGCCCGCAGGAUGAUGUCCAGUGGUUGACUUACUGGGUCGUGUUCGGCUUCUUCAACUUCCUUGAGAGCUUCGCUCUCAGGGCCGUCCUUUUCUACCUUCCCUGGUACUACACCUUCAAGACGCUGUUCGUACUCUGGCUCCAGCUGCCGGCCUUCCGGGGUGCGCAAACGACCUACUUGACCAUCUUGAAGCCCGUGCUUGCCAACCACCGCGUGUUGGCAACCACCACACCCACUACGACGGAGUAAGCGAGUUGAUUGUCACGUUCGGAUUUAUAGGUCAUAGACCAAACGGUCCUGUUUCGAACGAUUCUUUCUUCGCUGCUUUCUUUUCGUUGCUUCAUGAUUUGGCCUCACUUCAUGCCUGUUGAUUCAAUAUCUUAUCUCUCCCGUUGUUGAUGAUUCUUUUACGAGGUAUUCCGCGUAGUCACCUGCGCAGAGUGCAUGUAAACGUAACACGUAAAAUGUCUUGAUUGGCGCUGGAUGAGAGUCGACCGGAAAUUACGUCGCCAGGCCCCCGGACGCUCCCCCAGAACAUCUUCCGGAAUAGAGUAAAUUUAGGUCAAAAUUUCCUGUUUUCCCCUCCGGAAAAUAGAGUAAAACCAGCCCCAAAUGCCCACAUGUGCUCCAGAAAUAGGGUAAAAGUUGCGCAGAAUUGGGUGAAGCCUGACCGAUUUUGGAUUAUCACAUCCCCAAUCAACGUCCCUUUGACCCGCCUGGGGUGCCGAGAAUCCCAAGCCAUCACUUGGAGACUCAGACGGUAGAUAUGUAGAUACGGCCGAUUCGCGAUGAUAGACUGCACAGUACUUACAGAAAAUUGCGUGACCGGACGACGAGAAAGAGAGCCAAGGGCUCAGGGACACUAGACCAAAUAGAUUACAGCCCUAUGGAAGCGUAGGGAAAAAAACGAAUAACCUUGAAUAAUCCCUCCGGGAAUAGAGUAAAAGUCGCUCGAAACGCCGCAGAUUUUAGAGUAAAAGUGGCUGACUCAGCGGAGGAUGUUCUGGGGGAGCGUCCGGG